UCUGUAAGAGUUCAAACCAGCCUUUCAAACUAUCUUUCAUUCUGCAUCCUCAAACUGUGCAUGCAUUGCACAAUCAUCUGUUGAUUUAUUGCUUUUGGAAGGAGGGUGUGCAAUUCCCGCCUUUUUUCCUCCAGAGAAAUGGCAAAUUACUCAAAGGCCCACAUCUGCCAGUGCUUGAGCCGCGUCUCGACGGUUCGCCGGUGCUCGACGGUUACAGUGGCCGGAGACAGAAGGAAGACCGGCGCACAGCUUGUUGAGGGAGUUUUGAGCCUGGCGCGUGGGCUUCUUCAGCUUGGCCUGAAGCCCGGUGACGUGGUCGCCAUUUGUGCUCUCAACAGCGAUUUGUAUUUGGAGUGGUUACUUGCUGUUGCAUAUGCAGGAGGAAUAACUGCUCCACUCAAUUAUCGUUGGAGCUUGGAAGAAGCAAUGGAGGCAGUGGAGGUGGCAAGACCUACAUUAUUGGUCACAGACUCAAUGUUUAAUUUCUGGCAUUCCAAGUUCCAUGCAGAUUCUAUACCUUCUCUGAGAUGGCAUGUCUCAAUGGAUGUUCCUUUUGGAGUGAAAAGCACUUGGACUGGCUUGACUACCGAAAAGCUUACGAAACAUUUUGAAAAAUCUCUAGCAACUAAUUACCUUUGGGCGCCAGAGGGAGCUGCUAUAAUAUGCUUUACCUCAGGAACCACUGGCAGGCCUAAGGGAGUUACUUUAAGCCACUCUGCUCUGUUAGUACAGUCCCUUGCAAAAAUCGCAAUUGUUGGCUAUGGAGAGGAUGAUGUGUAUUUACACACGGCUCCGCUUUGCCACAUUGGUGGAAUAUCAUCAGCUUUGGCUGUGUUAAUGGCUGGAGGUUGCCACAUCUUAAUACCCAAGUUUGAUGCUGGAUUGGCUGUUGGAUCCAUUCACCAACAUCAUGUCACCUCUCUAAUUACUGUCCCAGCUAUGAUGGCUGAUCUAGUUUCAUUUUACAGCAGAAAGGGGGCACCUGAAGGGUCAGAAACUGUGGAGAAGAUUCUUAAUGGGGGUGGGGCCCUUUCGGUUGAGCUUAUCACCCAUGCAGCUAAAAUUUUUCCAAGAGCUAAACUUCUCUCUGCCUAUGGGAUGACAGAGGCAUGCUCUUCACUGACAUUCAUGACUCUCUAUGAUCCGACAAAAGAAAGUGUUAGACAGCAGCUUCAGUUAAAUGGUGUUAGAAACUCCAAUUUGGCACGGCAACCAGAGGGCAUCUGUGUUGGAAAGCCGGCUCCACAUGUUGAGUUAAGAGUUUGUGCAGAGGAUUCAUCUCAUAUUGGGAGGAUACUAACACGAGGCUCCCAUGUCAUGCUUGGAUACUGGGGUCAAACUUCUAACAAAACUUCCGAUCUUGCUGGUGAAAACUGGCUGGACACGGGUGACAUAGGGCAAAUAGAUAACCACGGUAAUGUCUGGCUCAUUGGGCGAUCUAAGGGUCGUAUCAAAAGUGGAGGAGAAAAUGUUUAUCCUGAAGAAGUGGAAGCUGUCCUGUCACAGCAUCCCGGGGUUUCUAGCAGCGUUGUUGUUGGAGUUCCGGAUUCUCGCUUGGGAGAGACGGUUGUCGCUUGCAUUCGGCUCAACGGCAAUUGGCAGUGGGAUGAUUCGAGUUCCAAUCCUUCAGUUAGUGACAUGGCAAACUACCUGUCUGGGGACAUCCUCCGGUGCUUCUGUAAAGAAAAACAGUUGACUGGGUUUAAAGUACCAAAAAGAUUUAUUUUGUGGAGGAGGAAUCAAUUUCCAGUGACUUCUACUGGCAAAAUAAGAAGAGACCAAGUCAGAAGAGAAGUCAUGUCUAAUAUGCACUUGAUGAUAUCUAGCAAAUUAUAGCACAGUUGUUGGGAGCAGAGAUAGUAACAACAGAUUACACUGGAUGGAUAUGAAAUUAUUAUCUGCCACAUAUUUUUUUGUUGUUGCUGCAAUCAUAGCGAAAAUAUUGAGUUAAUUUUGUACUAAUCCAUUUAUGCAAGAGUGCAGAGGAACACGUAGAUUCGGUUGGUUUUGGCAUUAUAUCAUGAACCAUGGUUCACCUUGUAAGUUGGAUGAAUUACAUAUAGUUCAUUUUUAGUAUAUUGAAGGAAGGUUCAUUAUCAGUA